AUGGUCGAAAGAAACAUCUAUCGGGCCCCGUCAGAGAAAGCUGAAGAGCAUCGCGGCGAUUUACGAGCGCAAAACCGCCUAGCAACAGCCCAGGAAUCCAUUAGACAGUCCAGCUCCACCCCAGCGCCGAAGCUUCCGCCGAAAUCGAGCAUUAGCGUCCGCGCGCACCGAAAGAGCGCCGAUUUAGUGCUAAUUAAUGAGCAACACGGCAACCGCCAGCCCCGAAUUCCAGAGAGUACCUGGAAACUAGAGACU